UCUUGCUGGAUUCUGCAGUCGCCACUGUAACACCAUUCACGUUAAUGAAUGUGGAUGAUCACUGCAUGACCAAUCACGCCAAAGCUCUUCGUGUUAAACAUAAUGUGAUCGCACUGAGUGAAGCAUUCGAUCACUUGCACUGGGCAUGUUCAGCACGUAAUUGGAAGGGACGCUCUGAAACAAGUAUAUUGACCCGCUACGCAGACACACACACACACAAACACACAAGACCAUAGGAGACAGAAACCAACCCGAUGUGCUUCACUCACAGUGCAGCAACUAUCCACUGAGUAGACCACUUAUAGCGAAAAGCAUACGUCUUUUAUGUUAUUAACAGGUUAGUCUUUCAGUUUUGCAGCAUAUUUUAAUUCAGUUAAAAAACUGACACUGGACUGGAUGAAUAACACUGGGUAAAACUGAACAGACCUCGCUUCCUUGGAUUCGCAAAGGAAAAGAUAACGAGUUUUGGGAUAUAAAGUAGCGGUACAGUGUCUGCUGUUUAAUUGACUGUCUGGAAUAAUGGAUUUGUAAAAAUAAAUUAAAGACAGUGUUAGGUGAUGGGAAACUUCUUCAGAGAUUUACCGGGAUUGGAUCAGUGUUCUCUCAACAGCGUCAUCAUGAUGUUUUGGGGGUUUGUUCUUAAUGCAUUUAUUUGCGGCAGCCUGCAGGCAGGUCACAACGGGUUCCAUCUCGACUGCGUGGAAGCCGAGCGGCUCUGUGUGUCCGAUCACACGUGCAACAGCAGUUACCGGGUUCUGGAGUACUGCACGGCUGAGGAGGCCAUCUCUCCCCUCGGCCCGGAGGCCAGGAAGGAGUGUGUGACUGCCGAGGCUGCUCUGGCCCAAAGCCCCUUGCUCCGUUGUAAAUGUCACCGUGGAAACAGGAGGGAGGAGCACUGCCUUUCAGUGUACUGGACAGUCCGCUUCUCAAACAGUUAUUAUGAGUUGGAGUCCUCUCCCUAUGAAGAUCUAGAAACAGACCAGAUGUGGGCCAUUCAGAACUCCAGACUAGCAGCAAUUGUUUCAGGCUCCAGUAUUGUGACGGAAUGGGAUAACCCAUGCCUGGAGGCUGCACAGGCCUGCGGACUGUACGAGAAGUGUGGGAACCUGCGCUCUGAGUACGUGCUGGCCUGCACCAAGCGAGUCAGCGGCAGUGACACCUGCAACCGGCAGAAGUGUCACAAAGCUCUCCGACGCUUCCUGGACCGCGUGCCCGAGGAGUACAGCUUUGCCGUUCUCUUCUGCCAGUGCAGCAACACCCUGUGUGGAGAGCGCCGCCGCAUGGCCAUCGUGCCCUCCUGCUCCUUCGAGGAGAAGGAGAAACCCAACUGUCUCUACCUGCAGCAGAUCUGCUUGAAGGACGAGCUGUGCAAAUCCAGGCUGGCAGAUUUUCAUUCUAAAUGUCAGCCGUCCCCAAUCUCUGCAACAGGCUGCCUGAGAGAGAGUGGAGCCUCCUGUCUCAAGUCUUACUCAGGACUGAUCGGAACCAUCAUGACCCCAAACUACCAGAGCAACAGCAGUUCUGAGGUCUCUCAAUGGUGCUCUUGUGAAGGGAGUGGAAACAAGCAGCAGGAGUGUAGCAAGAUCCUUACGAUGUUCACCCAGAACCUCUGCCUUGUGAAUUCCAUUGGCGCUCUAACAAGCACAGCUCAGUAUGCACUAGAAGGCACCCCGCCCUCAGUGAGACCUUCACAGCACUACCAGCAUGAUGAUGGCAACGCUAUAGUCGAGAUAGGAAAGGUAGACAAGAGUGAAGGCAACCAGGGAAACUUUGAAGGAAUUCAGCUUAUUUCGGAAAAAGCCACUGUGUCCAACGUCCAGUCAGGAGCGGGGGAGCUAUGGAUGUCAAGAACGUUGGCUCUUUGCACUUUGCUGCUCCAGGGAGCUCUCCUGUAGACUGGCUGUGAACAGGAAGAGCCAGAAAAUGGACCCAACCCUGACAAAUAAGGACAUUCUGCACUUUCCAAAAUCUGGGAAUUCUUCUCCCAUCCCCACCCCCCUUCCCACUUCCCCCUCCAACCACAUUGGCACAGCAACACUUUAAAAUAAUGGUUGCAAAUCCACAAGAAUGCAGUUGGGUUAGCUGUUACGCCAAAUGCAAUUGUGUGACCUUUGUUUUAUCACAUGGCUCCAACAUAAAAAUCAACCAAAAUAAAUGUAAGUUCACAAAUAAACCUGAUCUACAGUAUGCGGUAUUGCCCACUGUGGGGUAGUCAUGGUAGAAGUGGUUGUGUGUGUUGUUAUAUAUAUUUUUUUCAGGGGGUCCCCUUAGAAGUUGAAAAAGUAAGCAAGUAAAAACAGUAACCGCGAACAGAGCUGGCAGUCUUUGUGAGCUGCUCGCUGGAGCCAUCAGUAGGUUAAAAAGCAGAUCAAUUGUGAGGCUGGGAAAUGUCAUCAUAAUGGGUUUCUUCCUUGUGAUAUCAGAUGCUGUUAAAGGGGGGGGGGGGGUAGAGAAGAUGUAAGAGACUGGUUUCCAAGAUGAGUGAUGGGUUACUUUGAAUGUUCCCUGCCUCCUGGAAGAACUACCAUUAUAUUUCAUUUGCUUUCAUCAACAUUCUCACAGAAUGUUUUACACAAGUUCAAACCUCGCCCAUGUCAGUGACUACCAGGGGCUGUGUAAUCAUGCUGCAUCCUCCUGCUAGUAAACACAUUGAAGUGCUGUGCCUUUACCACCCCUGUAUUCUAAUGGGUGCAUGAAUGUUAAAAGAGGGAUAGUUGUUGCAGCUAUGCCUUUCAUUCUUACCCAGUUAGAUGGUUGUAAGGACCGCUUUAGCCAAACAAAUUCAGCAAUGCAAUGAGUUUCUUUACAGUUUCGCUUGUGAUCAGCAGCAAAUCAGAGAGGUGUUUUUCCUGCAAUAUAAUACACGGCAGUAUAUCUACUCAAUGUAUCCGCCCCCCACUUUCCCACUGCAGUUCUGCUACAGAUUAUUGCAGAAGCACAUGCCAGCCGUUCAUACUGAUAUUAUUAAACAGGUGAUGUAUGGUCCUGCAGGUACUGUACCCAUAUUCUCUAGUGAAGCAAAUAGAUGUGUUUGUGUAAGAGAAUGAGGUUUUGUAAUGUGAUGAACUGAAAGGCAUUUGGGUGCUGAAGAAAUGAUGCAUUAAAUUAAUGCACAAGUGUAUUGAGACUGGUUAGAAAGACUUUCAUGGAAAUGGAUAGUGUUGUUUUUAUGGGUUAAAAAAAAAAAAAAAAAAAAGUUGCAUGCAUCAGAUUGUGAAGUCCCCACUUCUGCAUUUCUUGCAAUUGUGCUUUGGGCCGUAAAUUUGUAAUCAAAAUAUAUCCGCGACACCUUUCCAAACUCUAUGUUGUACUCAGACAAUUGCUGUAUUUUUGUAAAUAUACCGCAUAUAUCCUACCAACGUUUUAGUGUAUCUAUAAGCUCAAUUUAGAACAGGCUAAUGAAAAGGGGUAUUGCUCUUUUAGUUUCUCUUUGUUGUUAAGUACUUGCAUUUAGAUUGUGUCUGUUUUGUUUUAUAAGUGUAGAAAAUAACACCAUUAAUAAAAAUA